AUGACGCUCACGGAUGGAGCCAGGCCUCCCCACGAGAGGAAAUCGGAUGAAACUCAAUCAGGGCAAGCUGCAUGGGAUUGGCGCGCCGUAAAUAAGGAGGGUGGAGGCGGCCCCGUCGUCACACGCUCACAGGAUGGUGGGAGGUGGACGAUCGACUCCGGGUUGGCAUUAGUGAGAAAUAAUCCUGAUGACAUAAGGCCUACCCGCAACCGCCAGGUCGGCUCAUUCUUACUCUUUGACGGGGCGACGGGCGGGCAAUGGAGAGUCUGUUCCCGAGUCGGCACGAUCAUCACCAACAUGAAUCAUCACUUAGAUAGUAGUCUUACCCCUACUCAAAAUGGCCUGACAGCAUGCGACAAUGAUGUCAGUUUAAUUCCUUCGGCUGAACCAGGUCGAUUGUGUGUAAUGUGUCUGUGUCUGUCUGUGUCUGUUGAUGACCCUGCAUGGCCGGAAUUGGUAUCAUCCAAGUCCUUGGAAUCGCCCCUUGCGUUCCCGUUUGGCUCAGCUCGUGGUUCCAAGAUCGGAAGGAAUAUGCCAAUGAUUGCUGGUCAUUCUGAUAGUGUCGUCUGCUUCUUCCUCGUCCUGCUGUUGGUCUCGGCCUCUCGCUCCCGAGUAAAACCACCAACCGCCGUAGUAGUAGCCCGGCGACGAGCGACCGAAAAAUCGCGCAUAGUAGAAAAGAGGGAAAGGGAAAGGAUCAGGAAAAUUAACGAGGGCCACCACCCGCACGCGGCAAAAAAAAGCCCAUUCACACGAGACAUGGGCAACUCCGAGGAAAAAGGAAAAAUCUCGCUCCGAGAGGCGUAUCGGGUGCGUACGGACGACGGACGACGUCCCCAGGAUUUUCGCUUCAUGGAGGAGGCGAUGCGUCCCGUUAAGCAGGACCAGGGACAGCGAACUUUCGAUCAAGUGGCUACUGCUCCCGGCCAAGACUAG